AUGGCGAACGCGGACGGGGCUCCGGAGCGACCCCCGCGAGUGACCCGGGACCACACGUGGGGACACGGGCACCCCCAGGGCAGCAGGGGACACACCCGCCCCAGCGGGAUGGGGGGUCCCGGGCAGCGGCCGGGCCGAAGGAGCCCGGAAAGGAGCGGCGUGACCCCGCACCGGGGCCAGCGGGGCUCUGCCAGCCCCGCUCCCCGCUUCCCGUCCCUGCUCACCUGGCCGCUCGCUGCCGGCUCGGUCCCCGCUGUCGCCGCCGCUGCCGGAGCUCAAGGGGCCCCCCGGUCGCCGCCGCCCGCCAUGGCCGCACCGGGGGCAGCCCCGGGGAGCGGCGGGGGUCGGGGGUGCCGCUGUGCGCUCCGAGCUCCGGCGCGGGGUUCCGGUGCAGGUCCGGCCGCUCCGGAGGCGGCCCCGGGGAGGAGCGGGCGUGCCGGGAGCGGGGAUCCGAGGGGUCAGACCGGGGAAGGGCCCGAGCCGCCGGAGCGGGUCGGGGCCGGCGCAGGGCCCGAGCCGCGGUGUUGGGGCUCCGCCCGCCCGGGACCGCCCCUCCCCGCCCCCGGCCCUCCCCGCUCCCGCCCCGCGUCUCCCGGUGCCGCCCCCGGUGCCGCCCCCGCCGGUGCCGCCAUGCCGCUGCCGGUGCUCUUGCUGCGGGCAGCGGGCGCUUGGACCCGGCUCCGGCCGCCCUCCGUCCCGGGGCGCAGGUAUGGGGGGCGCCUGGAGCUGGCCGGGCCCCCCCGGCUGCCCGCAGCGCUCCCGGCCCCCCGCCGCCUGCUCCUGGCCGGCUCGGCCACGGGCUGCGUGGUGCUGGGGCUGCUGGGCACGGCCGCGCGCUGCCAGGAGGCCGCUGUCCCCGCGGUCCCCCCCGGUGCUCCCGAGCCUCCAGAGUCCCCCCCGGAGCCUCCCUUUGACUGGCCACUGUUCUGGACCUUCCUGCGCCCGCAGCUCCUGACGCUCUCAGCUGCUGUUGUGCUGGCGCUGGGCGCGGCCCUGCUCAACGUGCGCAUCCCGGUGCUGCUGGGGCAGCUGGUGAACGUGGUGGCCCGAUGUGCCCGCGGCCACGUGCCCACGUACCUGCGGGAGGUGCAGAGCCCGGCCCUGCGCCUCCUCGCCGUCUACUGCCUGCAGGGCCUGCUGACCUUCGGGUACAUCGCGCUGCUGGCCCGCGUCGGAGAGCGGGUGGCGGGCAACAUGCGCAAGGCGCUCUUCAGCGCCCUGCUCAGGCAGGAGGUGGCCUUCUUUGAUGCCACGCGCACGGGGCAGCUGGUGACACGGCUGACCGCCGACAUCCAGGAGUUCAAGUCUUCCUUCAAGCUGGCCAUCUCCCAGGGCCUGCGCAGCGGCACCCAGACUGCCGGCUGCUUCGUGUCGCUGUACCUGCUCUCGCCCAAGCUCACCGGGCUCCUGCUCGUGGCGCUGCCGGCGCUGGUGGGCGCCGGCGCCUUCAUUGGCGCCUUCCUCCGCAGCCUCUCCCGCCAGGCACAGGAGCAGGUGGCCAAGGCCACCGUGGUGGCCGACGAGGCGCUGGGCAACGUGCGGACCGUGCGGGCCUUCGCCAUGGAGGAGCAGCAGGCAGAGCUGUUCCGUGCUGAGGUGGACUGCGCCGGACGGCUGAGUGAGCGGCUAGGACUCGGCAUCGCCGCCUUCCAGGGGCUUUCCAACCUGGCGCUCAAUGGCAUCGUCCUGGGAACCAUCUUCGUCGGUGGCUCCCUGAUGGCCGGAGACCAGCUCUCGCCUGGUGACCUCAUGUCCUUCCUGGUGGCCUCGCAGACGGUGCAAAGGUCCUUGGCCAACAUCUCCAUUCUGAUGGGCCAGGCGGUGCGGGGUCUGAGCGCUGGUGCCCGUGUCUUUGAGCUGCUGAGACUGGAGCCCCCCGUGCCACUGCAGGGGGGAGUCACCAUCCCUGCCCACUCCCUGUGUGGCCGCAUCUGCUUCAACCGCGUCUCGUUCAGCUAUCCCACCCGGCCUGGCUACCCUGUCCUGCAGGACUUCAGCCUCACCCUGCCCCCCUGCCAGACCGUGGCCAUCGUGGGCCCCUCUGGAGGAGGGAAGUCAACGGUGGCAGCGCUGCUGGAGCGGUUCUAUGAGCCCACGGCAGGAACCAUCACCCUGGACGGGCAGGACAUCGCCAGGCUGGACCCCUCCUGGCUGCGGGGGCAGGUCAUCGGCUUCAUCAGCCAGGAGCCGGUGCUGUUUGGCACAACCAUCAUGGAGAACAUCCGCUUCGGGAAGCCAGGAGCCUCUGAUGCCGAGGUGUACGAGGCCGCCCGGCUCGCCAACGCUGACGGCUUCAUCCGCAGCUUCCCCGAUGGCUACGACACCGUCGUGGGUGAGCGUGGCACGGCGCUGUCCGGGGGCCAGAAGCAGCGCAUCGCCAUCGCCCGGGCGCUGCUCAAGGACCCGGCCGUGCUCAUCCUGGACGAGGCCACGAGCGCGCUGGAUGCGCAGGCGGAGCGGGCGGUGCAGGAGGCGCUGGACCGUGCAGCCACCGGCCGCACCGUGCUGCUCAUCGCCCACCGCCUGAGCACCAUCCGGGGCGCGCAGCUCAUCGCCGUGCUGGCCCGGGGCCGCGUGGCUGAGGCAGGGACUCACGAGGAGCUGCUGCGACGGGGAGGUCUCUACGCCGAGCUCAUCCGACAGCAGACUAAGGAGGGGUCCCCCCGCUCCCCCCAAUAAACCAG